GUCAGCGGCAGCGGUAAGAAACGGACACCCGCCAACAAACCGGGGAAACUGUUAGUCCAGAAACACCGGAAACGUACACAAUAAACAGCUCACUGCAGCGCUGGCCCCCCACACCUCCUCCUGCUGAUGCCCCCCCCCUCCCCAGCCCUUGCACUGAGGUUCACCCCUCCACAGAGAGAGCAUCAUGGUGGAUGUUACCAAAUGGCCCAUUUUCAGCAUGAUGGGGCCCCAGGAGCUCUCCUCGAUACGGAAAGCCUGCGUGUUUGGGACAUCUGCUAAUGAGGCCGUCUUCAUCACCAAAGAUGAUGAGGUGUAUGUGAUUGGAUUAAACUGCAGCAGCUGCCUGGGGACAGGAGACAGUCAGAGCUCCAUUGUUCCCAAGAAGCUGGACUUCCUGAGCGGGAGGAAGGUGGUCAGCGUGAGCUACGGCAGCGGACCCCACAUCCUGCUGGCCACAGAGGAUGGAGAGCUGUUCGCCUGGGGUCACAACGGCUACAGCCAGCUGGGGAACGGGACGACCAACCAAGGAGCCGCUCCGCUGCUCGUGUCGGCUAACCUGCUGAAUAAGAAGGUCACAGAGGUGGCCUGUGGCUCGCACCACUCCAUGGCCCUCACUGACUCAGGAGAAGUGUAUGCAUGGGGCUACAACAACUGUGGUCAGGUGGGUUCGGGCUCCACAGCGAACCAGCCGACCCCCCGCAGAGUGUCCAGCUGUCUGCAGAACAAAGUGGCCGUCAGCAUCGUGUGCGGGCAGACCUCGUCUCUGGCAGUGCUGGACAACGGAGAGGUCUACGGCUGGGGCUACAACGGGAACGGACAGCUGGGACUCGGGAACAGCGGGAACCAGCUGACCCCCUGCCGCCUCGCCGUGCUGCAGGGUUUAUGUGUGCAGCAGAUUGUCUCGGGCUACGCCCACUCUCUGGCCCUCACAGACGAGGGGCUGCUGUUCGCCUGGGGGGCCAACACCUACGGACAGCUGGGCACCGGAAACAAGAGCAACCAGCUGAGCCCGCUGCUCAUCAUGACGGAGAAGGAGAGGAUAGUGGAGGUCGCCGCCUGCCACUCCACACACACCUCAGCCUGUAAGACUCAGAGCGGCCAGGUGUACAUGUGGGGUCAGUGCAGGGGCCAGUCCAUCGUGCUGCCCCUCCUCACACACUUCACCUGCACCGACGAUGUGUUCGCCUGCUUCGCCACGCCCUCAGUCAUGUGGAAGCUUCUCUCUAUGGAGCACGAGGAAUUCUUGACCGUGGCUCAGUCUCUGAAGAAAGAGUUCGACAACCCGGAGACAGCCGACCUCAAGUUCUGCGUUGACGGCAAACAUAUCUGCGUCCACAAAGCCAUUCUCAAAAUCAGGUGUGAACACUUCAGGACCAUGUUCCAGUCGCACUGGAACGAAGACAUGAAGGAGGUGAUAGAAAUCGAUCAGUUCUCCUAUCCGGUGUACCGCUCCUUCCUGGAGUUCCUCUACACCGACGCUGUGGAGCUGCCUCCGGAGGACGCUAUUGGGCUGCUGGAUUUGGCCACGUCGUACUGUGAGAACCGUCUGAAGCGCCUCUGUCAACACAUCAUAAAGAGAGGCAUCACCGUGGGCAACGCCUUCUCACUGCUGGCGGCUGCCGUGCGCUACGAUGCAGAGGACCUGGAGGAGUUCUGCUUUAAGUUCUGUGUGAACCACCUGACGGAGGUGACCCAGACCGCCGCCUUCUGGCAGAUUAACGGCGACCUGCUCAAAGAUUUCAUUUGUCGAGCCAGCCGCUGUGGAGCCUUUAAAAACUGACCAAUCAUAGCUCAUUAUAGACUCAGAGGCGGAGGAUGCUGUGGAGACCCUGGGAGGGACUUCUAAUGGACUCUGUCACUCCUCUGACGGGUGGUUACACAAACUUUACAUAGAUUAUCAUCACUGUCCGAUUAUUCCUUUCAUUCCAGACAUGACCGGACAUCACACAGUGAAGUCACAGCAGUAUAUUGUGUCUGACUUCCUCUUACUUUACACACAUUGUGUAAACACAGGGUUUAUUUGCAUUGCGAGACUUACUAUCGCUUGAUCGAGUUGUUUCAACUUGAAAUAUUCUUGCCAGUUGCCUGAUAUCACUUUACCUUAUUAUUGACCAAGUUACUUCUUUAGUGUUUGCACUUGUUUGAAUAUGAUUUUCUUUCUUUUUAUUAGAAGACUGCAUCAUAGCUUGGAUGUGCCAUCUUAUUUUGUGGUUUUCAGAAUUAAUUUUAAGGCUGUUUGCACUUUUAGAUGUCGGGACAGAGGAAGUGUUUUGAAGACUGGACACUGAUAAAUCAAUUCAGGGGAAAAUGUACCACCUUUUUAACGUCUUUAAUGUCCCAAUUCAUUAAGGCAAUGAAUCCCUCAGUGUGAGCUAUAUUGACCCAGGAAGCUGAAUCCUCCAGAAAGCAGUUUAUUCUCUUAUACAACACACGUUUUGAUUCAAUUAAGAAACAUUUAGUUCUCCCUUACUUCCAACAACGUCACUUUAAAUAACUGCACUGGGUUAAGAAACAGCAGACUUUUCAGAUUUUUUACUUAUCUUCUCCCCAUUCUUCUUCCAGUUCCCCAUUGUUUUAAUUAACCAACUUAACAAUUACCAAUGAUGCGACAUCCACAAAAAGGUGGCACAUUUUCUCUUUAAGUGUGUUUAGGUCAAACUCCAGAGAGAUCCUUAGUGCUGCUGUUUUGGUUUUGAAGUGAGAUUUAUACUUAAAGUGGACCUAUCAUGCUAUAUUUGAAUAACAUAGUGUAGGACCAUACCUAUAUAAGGAAUAUUUAUACUUUUUAUUUUUC